AUGGCUUUCUGGCGCGAGAUGGCCGCCGGCGAUAUCGAGGGCCUCAUGCGCGUCGCUGAAGUGGUCCAUCCUGGUUUGCCCGAAAGCGACCAGGUCUUCGCAGAACGCGUGAAGCUCUUUCCUGAGGGUUGUCUGGCGCUUGUGAAUGACGACGAGGAGGUCUGUGGCUAUGCGAUCUCGCAUCCCAUCCGGAACCGCCAGCCGCCAGCUCUGGACAGCCUGCUCGGAGAGGUGGCGUCUGAUGCAGACCAGUAUUAUAUCCACGAUGUGGCCAUUCUCCCUAAGUUCCGCGGACGGGGCCUUGCGGCGGAAUGCGUCAAGAAGCUUCUUGUGGUUGCUGAGCGCUACUCAUCGGCCUGCCUCAUCUCCGUCUACGGCACUGCUGCGUUCUGGCGCCGCUUCGGCUUCGUGCCGGGAUCUGUUGACGAGGUGCUGUCGGCGAAGGUGCGAGGCUAUGGAGAUGAUGCGACGUACCUUGUUCGCUCGAAAGGCUACUGA